AUGUUUCCAAUCUCCCACCAACACGUUCAACUCAACCAACCCCUUGACAUCGUCUCCUCUCCGUCCCCCUUCUCGCUUUUCAUCCCUCCAACCACCACCCCAACAGUGCUUCUUCUUGCAACACCGAUUACCACACCCCCACAAGCCGCUGCGACCGCUGUUUCCGCUGGAAACUCAAGGACCGCCGCGGCAGCGCUCCUAGCACGCUCCGCAAUCCCCGGGCCAACACCCAUCGCCAACAUCCCCCUCUUCCCCGCCGCCUCUCCCGCCGCCGCCAUAAACGCAGGAGCUGGCGGGAGUGACGUCACUCAUCCCGCUUCCGCUGCCGCCUCCCCCUCCGCCUCCCCCAGUACAGCUUCCGCUGCUCCUCACAUACCAUCCGCCCCCGCCGGCACUCCUUCAGCCAUCCUUCCGCUUCCGCUUACCGCCAUAGUCCCCGCCAAGAAAACCGCUACAGCUGCGGCUGUAGCGCCCGCGCCUGCGCAGGGCUCCACGUCACCGCCGCCCAAAUCCCCUCCCGCCAUGACUCGUGGCGGAACGGCAGGCGCGGUCAGCUUGGAGCGCGCACCGGUAGGGGCGGAGAUUCUUCUGAACGCCGUGAAGGCCGCGGGGCUGCGCGCGCGCGCGAGCGCGUGCGUGUUUGACGCGGAGAAGCGGACAUUCGAGCUGGUGGCGGGGCUGAGUACACUAAUUGCGCUCAACGCGACGGACGCGUGGGCGCCUCCCAUUGGUCGGAAGGUGCUGACGAACGACUGCCAGUUCUUGAUCGACGCCACGUGUCAAGAUGUCACGCCCACUGGAGGAUGCGACGACCACAACGAAUGCACGACUGACACGUGUGUGCCUGCCAACCCAGCCACAUGUUUGCCUUAUCCCGACUGCCUCUUAGCAGGCCCGUCCUGUUCCUAUACCGCGUCCCCUGGUAGUGAAACGAACCCAGCUUGCAUCGCGCCGCCAACUCCCCCGUCUGCGCCUAAGGACUCAGUUUCGUCCGCUUCCGCCAAUGUAUCCGCGGGCGGUGGCGGAAGCGGGGACGAGGGGGAAGACGGCGGAAGCGGAGAAGGCGAGGGGAAAGACGGUGAAGGGGGGAAGAACGCGGGAAGUGCGGAUUCGGAUGCGGAGGGGGGAGAGAAGGGCGCGAGCGGGGAAGGGGAGCAAAGCGGCUCAGACGACACGUCUGCUUCGGUUGGCGGCGAUGCUUCUAACGAGGAUUAUACCGGAGAUAAUAACGAGGACGGGUCAGACGACACUAUCGAGAUCGUGGGAACCAUGCCGCCGCCUCGCAGCGCGUGCAUCUUCAUCCCCAAUAAGAACCGCUUCAUGAUCCGCUUAAAGAACCGCUUCCGCGUCCGCCUCUCCGCAAGCGACGCGUGGACGCCGCGGCCCGGGCAAGUCGCCAUGACCGGUAAUUGCCGGUUUAUAAUCGACUCGGCGUGCGGGGUGGUGGGGAGGCCGGGGGGGUGCGACGACGGGGACGAAUGCACGGACGAUUACUGUCUAUGGCAGGGCGGGAAUAACACUCUCGGGAGUUGCACGCCGUUCCCGUCGUGCUUCUAUGAGAGCGCGCGGUGCGAGAGGCGUGUGAAGGAGGAGUGCGUGGGGAGAGUGGAGGCAGGAGGAGGGGGAGGGGGAGCGGGAGGGGGGCAAGUGGGGGAUGGGGGGUUUGCGGCGGGUGGCGGAAAGGGGAUUCGGACGGUGACUAGUGCCGGUGCUGCCGUGACUGGCGGAGCUGACGGCGCUGGCGGCGGCGAUGGUGGUGACAGCAGGAGUGACACAGGGGCGGGUGAGACUAAAGCUAAUGGCAACAGCACAGCCACUGACGGAAAGGAGAGCGGCGGCAGUAAUGGCCGCGGCGAUGGCAGCGGUGAUGGCGGCGGCGAUGGCGGCGGCAUGAGCACGGAGGAUAUCGAGGCGUUGGAGGAGGAAGCACUAGCGCAGCGGCAGGCGCACGGGCAAGGGGCGCAGCAGGAUUCCCCGGCAGACCAGGACGAUUCACCAAACUCGGCAGAAUCAGGCUCGGAGGACCCGGACUUCCUCGCCCCGCGCCUGCGCGCCCCGCUCCCCCGCCCCGCGUGCCUAUUCCGCCCGAAGCAGGGCCUGUUCAUCCGCGUGGAGGGCUGGCCGUUCUCCGCGCGCCUCUCCCGCGCGGACGCGUGGGCACCGCCCCCCGCCGCCACGACCCUUUCCGGCGAUUGCCGCUUCGAGCUCGACUCGUUCUGCUCGGUCGUGUCGCGCGUCGCGCGCGGGUGCGACGACGGCGACGCGUGCACGCUCGACACGUGCGCUUGGGCGGGACGCGCGAACCGCGUCGGCAGCUGCGAACCGUUCCCGUCGUGCUUCUACUCCUCCGCAUUCUGCGUGCACACGGACCUUUGCGGAAGGGUGGGGGGAAACCACACGCGCGCGCGGGGAGGGGUGGUGAAAGAAACGAUGGUGGGUGGUGGAGGCGUGGGGGGGAAUUCAGAUGCGGGGAGCGGUGGUGGUGCUGCCGCUGACGGGACUGACGCUGAUGCUGACAGUGAUGGUGAUAGCACUGAUGCUGAUGGUGCUGUUGAUGCCAACGCUGGUGCGGAUGGUGAUGGUGAUGGGGAUGCUGACGAGGUGAAUGACCCUUACUCCGAUCCUCCGGAUCAGGAAUGGCCCAACUUCCAGAUCUACCCUCCCCCCAAAACUGGUUUGGUGGUGGAAUCUUCACAGAACCUUCCCUCUGGCGAAGGAGGAGGAAUGUCCGACGCAACCGCCCCGACCACCACGCAAGACGUGCUCCGCACGCUUUCCCAGCCUAUCCCCUUUACAGACACCUCCGUUUCAGGCUCUUUCAACGUGUACCAUUUCGGCGCACUGGGCGACGGGCAGAACAACGAUGGCGAGGCUAUUGAGGCAGCUUUUAACGAAGCAUGCAAGUGGGCGCGAAACAAUAACGCCAAAGCAACGGUCACGAUUCCUGCUGGAGCUGAUUUCCUCACCACCCCCAUGGUAUUUUCGGGGCCCUGCGGGCCAGGUGUCAUCUUCUUAUUGGACGGGAGGAUUCUGGCUCCAAACAUGCCCGUUUCUUCCUACCAAUCGGCUUACAGUGUGGUGGCGCAUCUUUUUUUUGACCGGGUGACCGGGCUGACCGUGACGUCGUCCGGGCAGGGCAGGCAGGCAGGGAGUUUUGACGGGCAGGGGCUGGAGACAUGGCGAGAACAUUUGUCGCUCGGGCAGCCAGACUCAUAUGCCCGACCAAAGGGAUUGUCUUUCCAAAAGUGUGAUAAUCUCGUUAUAGAGCAGAUUACUGUACGGAACCCGCCUGAGAUGCACAUCAGCAUACAGGAGUGCAACAAUGUGAUUGUACAGGAGGUGACUGCAAUGAGUCCGUACAACAGCCCUGGCACUGACGGGCUGCACCUGGCCGCUGCAACGAAUGUGAUUAUAAGGAACUGCAGGAUGCACACGGGCGGCAACGGCAUCGCUAUAGUGGAUAAGAGCGCCAAUAUCAGCAUCAGCCGUGUGUUCAGCUCCGCUGGCCGGGGAAUCAGAUUCAGUAGUACCCUACCACCGCCAACAUCAGCGUCAGCCAUGUGUUCAGCUCAGCUGGCCGCGGCAUCAGGUUUGGAUUCCACCACCCCUCUCUUGUCUCGCCUCCUUCAGAUCUCUCACUUUCCCCAAACCACCAACCCACCUUCCCUAAUUCCACCUUCCGCUUUUCUCCCCUCCCUACCCCCUGACAGCAUAUUCAAUCUCGGCCGGGACCACUUCACGGCGUGUGUAACGAAUGUGACUGUAAAGAACGCGACGGUGUACGGAGGGAGGAACGCGCUGCGCAUAAGCACGUUCCAGGGCGGCAGGGGGUGCGUCUCCAACGUGCACUUUGCUGACGUGGAGGUCAUCGAGACAACCGAACCAAUUAAAAUCGACCAGGCUGGCGCGAAGAUCCAAUCGCAUGAUGACACGUCAGAUGUAGGUGAGGGAGAGAGGGGGGUUGGGGAGGAGGGGGGGGAGGAGGGGUCUGGGCUGACUGCGGUGGAGAGCGGUGAGGGUGGUGAUAGUAACGGGAGUGAGAGUAGUGGGGUGGGAGGGAGAGAGAACGGGGAGAUUGAUACUGGGAGGGCAGGGGAGGAGGAUGAAGUGCCUCCGUUGCAAGCUAAAGAGGCGACAGGAAGUGACACGGGAGGAGGAGAGGAGGGGGGAGAGAGUGGAGCGAGCAAAGGGGGAGAGAGUGGAGAGGAGGGUGGGGAUAGUGAAGGAGGAAAGGGAGGAGAAAGUGGAGGAGGAGAUGGUGGGGAUGACGGGGGAGGGAGUGGAGAGAAUGGAGGUGAGAGCAGUGAGGGGAAGGAGGGUGACAGCAAGGAGGGUGCAGCAUCGAGCAAGCAGGAGGAGGAGAAGAAGAGGAGGGAGGAGACGCUGAAGCGAGUGAGGGAGGCGAAGAGCAAGAGGGAGGCACUGCGGCAAAAGUGGAGGGAGGCGAGGGCGAAACGAGGCGGAGGGGUGGCGAAGCCGACCCAGGUGGACGGGGAUGGGGCUAAGGUAGCGGAGGGGAGUGGGGAAGGGAGUGAGGGAGGAGGGAGUGAGGGAGGAGGGGAGGAAGGGGGCCAGGGCAGCAGUGGAGGAGAGUCAAGCGGCUCUAGCACCCCCAGUGGUGGGGGUGGAAGUGAUGGCGGUUCAUCCCAAAAGCCCAGUGGGACUGGUGGGUCGAGUGACGGAGGAAAGGACGAUGGUGGCACCAGUGCUGGUGGUGAUGGUGAUAGUGGGUCUGGAUCAGCGGAAGGAGAGCAAGGGGGGGACAGCAGUUCGGGUACGCAGGCGGGUGGAGGAGAGGAGGGAGGAGGAGAGGAGGGAGGAGGAGAGGAGGGAGGAGGGGAGGGUGCAGGAAACGAGGGUGCAGGGGACCAAGGGACGGACUAUACCGCGGACGACACCAGUGACGACACCAGCAGCGGAGGUGAUUAUAACGCGGAUGGAGGCGCAGAGGGGGAGGAGGGAGGUGGGGGAGACGGAGGAGGGGGAGAGGGAGGAGAGGGCUCCGAUGGGUCGGGAAUAGAUCCGUACGACCCUCUAGGCUCAUCAGCGUCUGGUGGUAAUGGUGGGAGUGGUGGUAGUGGUGGUAACAGUGCUAAUAGUGGUUAUGGUAGUGGUGGUGGUGGUGGUGGUGGUGGUGGUGGUGGUGGCAGUGGUGGCGGCAGCGCCAGGCAAGGGGGCAGCAACAGCGGUAGCAGCGGGAAUGUGCAGGAUGGAAUAUCAUUGGGAAGCCGCACCAGCAGGAGUGGCACCGGCAGCACUGGCGGCACUGGGGGAAAUAGGAGUCCCGAGGAGGUUGUUGGGGCCACUGGUGGUGGCACAGGUGGUGGCACUGGCGGUGGCACAGGCAGGUACGGCGGAAGCAAAAGGCCUGAUUACUCCUCGCGUGAGACCCCUUCUGGACCUUCAGGUGGCUUUUCAGGUGAUUCCUCAGGUGAUUCUUCUGGAGAAGGCUCCUCAGGAGACUCAGCACUAGAAAUCGACCCGUAUGAUCCGCUGGCUUCGGUUGAAAAGGGAGCGACAGGAGGCGGAGGAGGAGGAGGAAGGGGAGGAAGCAGGGGUGGUGAUGGCACUGCCAGUGGCAGUAGCAGCGAUGAUACUGGCUCAAGCAGUCAUGGCGCAGGCAAGGGGAGCAGCAGCGGAGGGGGCAGCUGGAGAGGCAGAGGCAUGCCGAAUGACCCGUGGCGAGGUGCUGGGGGAGGGAACACGCUGGGAGGCGGAGGGAAUGGUGGGAGUAAGGGCAGCAGCGGGGGGCAGAGUGCGAGUGGGGUGCAGAAGGUUGGGAAGAGCAGCGGAAGUGGCAGCACUAGCGACAGCAGCAGUGGUGGUGACGAGGAGGAGGGGGGAAGCAGUGGGAGUGAGAGCAGUGGUGGCACUGCAGGGAUGAAAGGGAGGAACCAGCACGGGGGGAUAGGAUCGAACAAGGUCGGCCCGAUGCCAGAUGAUAAGACCACAGGGGGAAAGCACAAGAGCCAUAGCUCUGCUCCCAGCAGCGGUGAUUCCCCCAGCAGCAGCAGCAGCAGCAGCAGCAAUGACUCCCUGAGCAGCAGUGGUGGUUCGUCCGGCUCCUCCUCUUCACCUGCGCCUGAUGCGAAUUCUGAAGGGGAUGGUGGGGACGGUGGGAGCGAAUCAGGUGGUGACACGCCGGAUGCUGGUAAUGCAGGAGGGGAGGGGGAAGGCGGAAGCAGCGAUGGGGGCAGUGGGGGGGGCAGUGGCAGUGGAGGGGGGUUCGUGGGGCACAAGGAGAGGCAGGAGAAGGCAAGGCGGGAGAAGGAGCGGCAGGGGCAGCACCUGGGGUACAAGGAGAGAGGGGGUGCUGGGGAGACUUCUCCUUCGGGCGGAUCCAGUGAUAAGAACAGUGAUACCUCCUCAAACUCCUCUUCUGAUUCCUCUUCUGAUUCCUCUUCUAACUCCUCGAGUUCUUCGCCCGAUUCCUCAUCCAAUUCCUCUUCGAGUUCGUCGUCGGAUUCUGGAAAGGCGGAUUCGUCAGGUGAUGAGGCUGCUUCAGAGGGUGGUUCUUCGGAUGCAGCUGGGGGGACCGAGGGUGCUGGUUCGGGGGAGGCGGGGGGGAAGGGGACGGGUGGAAAGAAUGAGACCGUGGACGCGGGUGGGGAGAAGGGGGGUGAUGCAGGCGACGAGGGCUCAGGAGAGGGGGAGAAUGAACAGGAGGGGGAAAAGGGGGGUGGUGAGGGAGGGAGUGCGGGAGGAGAGGAGGCAUCACAGGAUGGGCAAGGGGACAAGGGGACGGAUGGGACAGAAAAAAGCACGGCAGAGGAAGGGAGUGGCGAACAGGUAGAGGAAGAGCAACGAGCAAAAAACACCACGAGCAGUGGGGAGGUGAAGAGCGGAGGAGGAGCAGAUCCGCCCACUGGGAGCAGUGAGGAGAAGGUGACAGGCGAUGGAGGGGAGAAGGAAGGGGAGGCAAGUAACACCACAAGCAGUGAGGAGGAGAAGGGGGCAAGUGAUGGAGGGGUGAAGGAAGGAGAGACGAAAAACACCACAAGCAGUGAGGCGGUGAAAAGCGGAGGCGUAGUCCCGCCCACGAGCAGUGAUGAGGAGAAGGUGGCAAGUGAUGGUGUAGCAGAGUCCCCCAACGGGAGCACUCAGACAACUCAGGCAACAGUUCUGCUAGUUCGGACUCGAACCCGGAAACUGACAAAUUAG